AUGCUUGAAAAAUUGACUGGGUAUACAUUCAACGUUAAGGAUGACUCUUGUGAUGAAACUGGAAUUGAUGGAAAAAUGUUGGUGCAAAUUUGUGGUGCCGUUGGUGGUGCCGUUGGUGUGGCACUGGUAGCUAUUGCUCUUAUCUGGGUUAUUUGGAAGAUGAUUGGGGUCAUUUUCAGAUGUUGUUGCGGAAGAAGGAGGACAAUGAAGGCUCCAGGGAGGAACCGUCGCAUUUUAAGGGCCGACUUUGAACGUAAUCCUGCAGCUUAUUUUCGUAAUUUGCAUAACGAUUAA